AUGGCCACGUCACGAGCUGACGCCAGUAUUUUCAACAUCGAGCCUUCCUCUGGAGUGAUCACCCUGAACAGUGGGGUGGACGUUGACCCGGCUGGGGCUCAAACUGUGUUUAAACCUUUACUCACUGAUACAGUAAAUCCUCUACUGACCUUAACUUGCACUGAUGCUGACCUGACUUCCCCAAACAACGACCUUGAGUACAGCAUACAGCAAGGCGACACCACAAAAUUCAGUAUCCCAGACAACACAGUCGGAAGCAUCUUCGUGUCCAACGCCUUAGACUACGAGACUACACAGAGCGAGACGGUGUUGGUUAGGGUGAAGGAUAAGGCGGCCUCCGGCGCUCAGUCUGUCACAGCUUCUAUUGUUGUCACGAUUGUGCCCGUCAAUGACAACGCCCCAGCUUGGGUCACUUGGUCCCCCACCCUGCCCGGGAGUGCGACCUUCGCCAUAGACGAGACAGUUGCCGUGGGCACGACCAUCUUCACCGUGGCAGCCUCAGACAGUGACCUUGACACUGGCGGAAUCAUCACUUACAGCAUCACCUCGGUUACCGACGGCACGAAUCCUGUCACUGACGCCUUCAAUGUUGACCCCAGCACCGGUGCUGUCACCACUUUGAAACUGUUUGAUGCAGACGGCAGCAUAUCAUCGUACAUUCUCACCGUUCAGGGAACCGAUUCGAGUUCUUCGGUGACGGAGACAGUAACAGUUUCUCUAACAGAUAUCAAUGACGUAGAGCCUGUGUUCUCUAGCACACCUUUCAUAGUGCAGACUAUUGCAGAGAGUAGCGCUAAAACAGGCUCCAUUGUAACUACAGUGUCAGCUACAGAUGGAGACAAGACUGCUUCAACUUUUACCUAUGCCGUUGAUGUUGUGCAAGGGGGCACAGUUGCCAGUGACUGGGCCUUCAGUGGAACAACCAGUGGACAGCUUGAGUUCAAAACUGACCUUGAUCUUGAUACUGGCUCUUUGUCGCUACAUGUCUUGAAGCUGACAGUCAAAGAUGGUGUCAGUCCAGAGCAGACAGGCACAGCCACGCUGACUGUCAGCAUUAUUCCAGAUAAUGAGUUUACUCCGACGAUCUCUUCUGUUGUACCGGCUCAACCAAUAUCGAUUGCAGAGAACGUUGGUAGUGGAGUUUCUGUUGCUCUUGUCAAUGCUGCAGACAGUGAUACUGGUGAUGAAGGAACCUUGGCCUUCAGUAUCAUUGGUGGAGACACAGAUGGCGUUUUCUCAGUGGAUAGCAGUGGGAAAAUAGCAACCCAAGCAUCUCUAGACCGAGAGACAACAGACAGCUACACACUGAUUGUGCAAGUUAUCGACUCUGGAGUCUCACCUAAGUCAGUGACAACAAGUGUAUCAGUAACUAUCUCAGAUGUCACUGACAAUGCCCCAACUUGUUCUCCUUCUUAUUACACCAAAGAGUUGUCGGAGACAAGCAGCGCAAACACUGUUGUUGUCACAAUAUCCUGCUCUGACGAGGACACUGGAGAUACGCUGAGCUACUCUGUAAAAAGCCCCCACGACACUAACUUUGGCUUCACGACACCCACCAAUGAAUUGAAGUUGAUAAGCACUACAGGUUUUGACUACGACUCUGCCACACAGUCCUACAAUGUGGAGGUGGAAGUCACAGACAGUACGUACACGUCCACAGUCAAGGUCAGAGUUAACGUCGGGGCUAACAACGACCACACACCGGCAUUUUCAAGUAACCCUGUGGUAACGGUGGCUGAGAACUCACUCUCUGACCCCUUGUACACGUACACAGCUGAUGAUGCAGACUUCAGUCCCCAUGGAGUCACCUCCUACACCAUUAAUGCUGUCACAAACAGUGGCCAGUCUCUGUUCGGCAUUGACUCCAGCUCUGGAGUGAUCAGCAUGCUGUCAACUCUGGACUAUGACACUCUCCCUGCCGGAGACAAGACGUAUGAGCUGGAGGUGGUGGCGGAGGACGGGGGUGGCCUUACCGGUACGGGUACAGUGACAGUGUCAGUGACAGACAUCAACGACAACGCCCCGACCUGCACCUACUCUACCUUCACUCAUUCCAUGGAUGAAUCUCAAUACACCCUUGACUAUGAGACGUCCACUAUACACACGUUGACCAUCACAGUCACCGAUGCUGGUGGGGCGGGCCAGAGUUCUACUGUUACAGUGUAUGUCAACGUGAAUAAUGUUAAUGAAGCAGGGCCGACCUUUCCCUCGUACGCAGCUGUCUCGAUCGAUGAAGAUGUCGGAGUUCAGCAAUCUGUUGCAGUUGUGACUGCGACAGACCCAGAUGGGAGUGAUCCAUCGUUUGGAGACCUGCAGUACAGCAUUCUGUCAGGAGAUAGUUCCAGCCAGUUUUCCAUCGAUGCCACCACUGCCCUGUUGAAGACCCGGAAGGCUCUGGACUUUGAGACGAAACAAACAUAUGAUCUCGUCAUUCAAGCCAUAGAGAGAGGUGGAACAAACUCGGCAACAGUGACUCAAGUAGUGAACAUCAGCGACAAGAAUGAUGAGUUUCCUGUGUGUAGCCCCAACACUUUGGCAGAGACAGUGGGAGAGGAUGAAGUGGCCACGUAUGAAAUCAAGGACUUUGGCUGUACUGAUGCUGAUGCUGGGACUACUCUUACCUACACCAUCACAUCUGGAGACACCAGUCUCUUUGAGAUGUCUGGCAGCAAACUAAGACUGAAAUCAGCCCUGGACUACGACACGACACAGACUCAUGACUUGACAGUGUUAGUGUCUGAUGGUGACGUGUCUCAUGACACAACUAUCUCGGGCACAGUCACUGUGGGCAGUGUGGACGAGGGACAGCCUAGCUUCGCCACAGCUGUGUACAACGCUAACGUGAACGAGGCGAGUGCUGUGAGCACACUGGUGACCACUGUGUCUGCCUCAGACCCAGACAUUAACCUGGACCAGCACGGACAGAUCAAGUACAGCUUCGCUUCCACCUACGCCAACUUUGCCAUUGACCAGAGCUCAGGACAGAUUACCAUUGCAAAGCUACUGGAUCGAGAAGCUGCCACAACACACACUCUGAUAGUCAAAGCGGCAGAUGCUACAGGUUUCAACACAGCCACCGUUUCUGUGACUGUCUUAGACAGCAAUGACAACAGUCCGGCCUUCACGACCACUUCCUACAGUGCAUCCGUCUCAGAAACUGAUGCCUCAGGUACCACUGUACUCACUGUCGCAGCCAACGACUUGGAUGACCCACUCACCAGCAGUUAUGGAUCAGUCUCCUAUUCUCUGUCUGGGAGUUCCAGUUUUCAAAUUGAUGCUUCUACUGGCGAGAUUACCACUACUGCUGUCCUUGAUGCUGAUGCCGCUGGUACUACGUCCUAUGUCCUCACAGUUCUUGCUGUUGACAGUGGUGGUGCGGCAGGUGCCCUCACCGGCAGUGCUCAGGUCACGGUGUCUGUAACUACCGACAAUCAACAUGACCCCGUGUUCUCCCCGGCCACUUACGCAGUCACCAUUACUGAGAGCCAGUUUGCUGUAGGAGAUAAAAUUGUAUCGGCCACAGCAAGUGACCAGGACACUGGCUUGGAUGGAGACCUGAGCUUUGCCUUUGUGGGCGUCCAGACCAAGUUCACACUGACCCAGAACGGGAACGAGGCCGAGGUCAGGCUGGCUCAGACCCUGGACUUUGACGCUGGAGACACCUCCUUUACCUUACAGAUCAGAGCAUCUGACAAUGGUGUGCCAGUGCGCACAGCUCUGACGACGGUCACCGUGACUGUUGAUGACGUCAACGACAACUCCCCUCUGUGUACCAGUGUGGUCAACGUGGACGUGACGGAGGGACAGACGGCCAUCACGACCUUAGUUUGCUCCGACGCUGAUCCAGGCACAACGCUGUCCUACACCAUUGUUAGUACCACCCCCAAUACAAUAACACCAGCAGUUGAUGUGAGUGGUGUGGUGACUGUGGCAACUGCUCUGGAUUAUGAGAAUGCUGACUCUCACACUAUACUCAUCAAGGUAGAAGACGAUGGGGCCACUGUGCUGAGUACCACAGUGACGGUCAACCUGAGAAUCUCUGACCUCAACGAUAAUGACCCCACCUUGAGUGGAAGCUUCGCCUUUACGGUCAGUGAAGCAGACACAGCCAGUAGCACUGCCCUCUACACCGCUGUCGCCAGUAGCAACGAUGGACCGAGUGACACCGUCACUUAUUCUCUGACUGACACUACCUAUUUUGACAUCUCCUCAGUAAGUGGAGAAAUCACCUUGAAGACGGACGCCCCAGACUUUGAGACCAUUGGAGCUUCAUACAGUAUGGACGUUUGUGCAAAAGACACAGCCAACCCCACAGUGCGAUCAGCCUGUCAGACAAUCACAGUUACGGUCACUGACGUCAAUGAUGUGGUGCCAGAAUUCAGCCCAUCUGUGUACACGGACUCUAUCAGAGAGGAUGCCUCAAUAGGAGACUCAGUGACUUCUGUUACUGCUGUGGACACUGACACGACAACAGCGUUUAAGACCAUCACCUUCUCCAUCUUGAGUGGAAAUACUGGCAGUGUUUGGGAUAUUAACAAUGCAGGAAGUGUGUUUCUGGCUGGUGCUCUGGACUAUGAAACUGUGACCUCGUACGCUCUCGUGGUACAAGCGUCAGACGACACCAACUCAGCCACUGUCACGUACAACAUUGUGGUCACCUCUGUCAACGACUUUGACCCUGCCUUUGGGAGUACUACUUUAACCAUAAAUAUUGAUGAGAACACUGCUAUUGGAACUACUGUGACUGUUUCAGCUCUCCCAGCCACCGAUGAUGAUGAUGGUAGCGACGGUGUCUUCACCUACAGCAUUGACUCUGGCCCUUUAGCCAUAGAUCCAGACACAGGGGCAGUCACUGUGGUACAAGCGCUGGACAGAGAGACGACCACCUCCUACACUCUCAACAUCCGCGCUACUGACCAGGGUGCACCUGCCAGGACUGGCACUCUGGUGUUGACCGUUGAUGUGAAUGACCUCAAUGACGUCACCCCAUCGUGUGCGUCCAACGUGUACUUCGUGACCCUGCCUGAGACAGCGGCACCUGGAGAUGCUGUACAGACCCUGGUGUGUACGGACGAUGAUGACACCAGCCCUAACAACGCCCUCACCUACUCCAUAGUUUCAGGCGAUGCUGGUCUCUUUGUUGUGGAUAGUUCUGGCCAGGUGACAGUGAGUACAGGUGCUGCCUUCGACCGGGAGACCACAGCUUCCUACUCGCUGAUUGUGGAUGUGGUGGACCAGGCUACCAGCUCUAAGUUGACUUACACUGCCACCGUUAGCGUCACCAUCUCAGACGUCAAUGAUAAUGACCCAGUGUUCACCAGUUUGCCUGCCACAGUGACGAAGUUGGAGAAUACAGCGGUUGGAACUACUUUGACGACUGUUCCAGUCACUGAUGCUGAUUCAGGGACUAAUGGAGAGUUUUUCUAUCAGAUCACAUCGGGCAACUCAGAGGGAAAGUUUAGCAUUGAUCCUGUUGCUGGGCAUGUGGUUUUGGUUGACAGCCUGGACUUUGAGACUACAACUUCAUACCAGCUGGAGCUUACUGCAACGGACAAGGGUGCCUCGGCACGCUCUAGUUCAGGCACGCUGACAGUGUCAGUGGCAGACGUCAGUGACACAGCACCUGUAUGCUCCACGUCACUCUACACUGCCACAGUUGCGGAGAACUCUGUCAGUCUGCCAGUUGUAACUGUUACUUGCACUGACGCCGAUGCCGGGGAUACCAUUACUUACAGUAUCACUGCAGGCGAUACUGCCAGUGACUUUGACAUCAACCCAAACACCGGCGCUGUCUCUACGGCUGCCGCAGCGGCCAUAAGUUACGAGAGCACACAGAGCUUUACGCUGACAGUGACAGCCUCUGAUGGAACUCUCACAGACACAACAACAGUGCUGGUUACGGUGACGGACGUAAAUGAGUUCUCCCCACAGUUCAGUCCUUCCUCCACCUACACAGCGUCUGUCAGUGAGGCGGAGGCCGUGGGGUUCACCGUCGAGACUGUCGCAGCUACAGAUCAGGAUACGUUUGAUUCCAUCAGGAUUUAUUCUAUUACUGGGGGGAACACUGCUGGAAAGUUUGCCAUAGAUUCUUUCUCCGGGAAAAUAGAGCUGAAGAGCCCCCUGGACCAUGAGACUGCGACUUCUUACUCUCUGACGCUGCAAGUGGAAGACUCAGGAGGAAGUGUCAGUUCUGGCACGUUGGAUGUCACUGUGACAGAUAUCAAUGACAACGACCCACAGUGUACUGUAACUGCCACAGCUGUCAGUGUCGAUGAAGCUGCAGUGGCUGGGGUCAUUUUUACACCGACGUGUUCUGACAAGGACACUGCAGCGACACCCACCCUAGAGUACAGCAUCACGUCAGGGGCUCACGCAUCUCUAAGUAUCGACUCUACUACAGGUGCCAUUUCUGUGAUAGCUGACCUUGACUAUGAAGCAGCGACCAGCCAUGACCUUGUGAUCACUGUCAGUGACAAAGACACGCCCACCCCGCGUACCACAGACAUCAGCCUGACUAUCAGUGUGAACCCUGUCAAUGAGGACACCCCUGUGUUUACGUCUGCUGGCGCAUACGGACCAUACGAUGUGGCAGAAGAUACGACUGUUGGCACAUCCAUAGCCUCUGUGAGUGCGUCAGACGGUGACACAGGCUUGGAACACGGAACCGUGCGCUACAGUAUUGUGUCAGGCGACACCCAGCAGCAGUUUGCCGUGGAUGAGUCCAGCGGUGACAUCUCUGUAGUCAAAAGUCUUGACCGAGAGACCACAGCAUCUUAUAUUUUGACCGUCAGGGCUACAGACGAUGCUCUUGGGGCGGCCACUGCUAAGUCGGCUGAUGCGACAGUGACAGUGACAGUUACAGACGUGAAUGACAACAGCCCUACAUUCAGCCCGGCUGUGUACACAGUGGAUGUGAUAGAGACUGCAAGCUUUGGGCCCACUGUCGUGUUGAAACAAGUUACUGUUCAGGAUGGAGACGAUGGUGCAAACGCUGCAACGACCGUAUCUAUCACGUCAGGAAAUGGGGAAGGAAAAUUCUCCAUGUCAGGCAACGAUCUGAUCCUUAGUGCCGCCCUGGACUAUGAGACGACCCAGUCCUUCAGCCUGGUGCUAGAAGUGUCAGAUGGCGGCAGCCCUCCGCUAAAGAAUGCGGCCCAAGUGACGGUCAACGUGUUGGCGGACAACGAACAGGCCCCACUCAUGAGUGACUCCACGUUCUCCACGUCCAUAGCAGAAGACACCGCUGUUGGGACGCUGGUCUACGAUGCUAAUGCUACAGAUUCUGACAGCGGCACUCACGGUACCAUCACGUACAGCAUCGACAGUGGGGUCACAGGGUCAGAGUUCAUCCUCGACUCAGGCACGGGAGAACUCUUUGUCGGGUCAGCUCUAGACUUUGAUGUUGCUCCGGCGAGUUACGCCAUCGUAAUCAAAGCCACUGAUGGGGGAGGAUUGUCUGACGCGACCACGUCCACCGUGUCUCUCAGCGUUGACCUGACGGAUGUCAAUGACAACUACCCACAAUUCACCACCACCAUGUUUGUGUUUAACGUCAAUGAGAAUGUGGGGACUAGUACCACUGUGGGCACAGUUGUGGCCAACGAUGCAGACACUGGUGUGAAUGGCGAUGUGACGUACACCAAGAUUGCUGGGAGUGGGACAGCCUAUUUUGACAUAAACUCAUCAUCAGGGGCGGUCACUGUUGCUGGUGCCAUUGAUUACGAGAGCUUCCAGGUAACUUUUAAAACACCCUCUAACAGGUACUUAACACAUGUCUUUUACCUAACAGUAACGGCUCAUGAUGGUGGCACCCCGUCCCUGACUUCUACCGGGCUGGUCAAAAUCGAGGUGAACAACAAAAACGACAACGACCCUGUGAUAACACCACAAGAGUUUGCCGUGGUGCUGCAGGAGAGCACGGUAGUAGGUACGUCGGUCCUACAGUACACUGUGUCUGACCAGGAUACAGAUCUUGAUGGCUUCAGUCUCGCCACAGCUGACUCCUAUUUCCAGGUUGAUGCCGCCACAGGUGAUGUCACUACAAAGGCAGAGCUGGACAGAGAAACUGUGGCUACCCACACGAUAUAUGUCCAGGUGAUAGACAAACAGACGUCAUCUGACUCAACAGUGCGUACGUCCACCGCAACUCUGACAAUUGUUGUGGAAGACACAAACGACAACACACCUGUCAUCACAGGCACUUACACGCCUAGUGUGUCAGAAGACGCCAGCAUCAAUCAGCUGGUGUUCCAAGUGACUGCGACAGAUGAUGACGCCGGUGCCAACGCCCAGCUGGUCUACGACAUCACGGCAGGGAACACUGGCUCGGCCUUUACCAUAGACUCUGUGGGCAAUGUCCAGGUGGCUCAGACACUAGACAGGGAAACUGUGUCCUCGUACAUGUUGACAGUGAUGGUCAGUGAUCAGGGUAACCCUGUACGGUCCAAUCAAAUCGUGGCUACUGUUACCAUCACAGACGUCAACGACAACGACCCAGUUUUCAAUCCUGCGGCGUACUCAAUGAACGUGAACGAGAACUCUAACGUGGCCACCCCUGUGGGCACGGUGACGGCCACAGACGCAGACACAGGGGUCAACGCCGCGCUCACCUAUAGCUUUGAUUCUUUUACUCAAGGGUUACAGUCGCACUUUGCCAUUGAUGGAGCAAGUGGAGCCAUCACAGUGGCCUCUACCGACCUCGACAGAGAGACUAGCGAUACUUAUGUAGCUAGAGUCAAGGUGACAGAUGCAGGAACACCAUUGUCCCGAACGGCCUACACAGACGUUACUAUCACCAUUGACGACCUGAAUGACAACGCUCCAGUGUUCUCUAGCAACUCUUACACAGGCAGUGUUGAUGAAGGUAGUGCCUUGACAACCUCCAUCGCUCAGGUGUCAGCCACUGACCUUGACAUUGGAGUCAACAAGGACAUCACGUAUACAAUUGACACAGCACUGCUUGAUGGACCCACAGCUGAUACUUUCAUUGAGGUUGACUCAAGCACUGGUGAGAUCAGCCCAAAAGCAGAUAUUGACUAUGAGACCCACCAGAGCUUUACAUUCAUUGUUGUUGCUACAGACGGUGGGGCACCCGCUCUCUCUGCCACUACCACUGUCACUGUCACCAUUAACGACGUCAAUGACAACAGUCCUGUGUUCACUCAGACUUUCUACAACACAGAGAUCGCUUACACUGGGUCAUGUGACUCUUCAAUCACUCAAGUGACGGCCACAGAUGCAGACAGUGGGGACAAUGCACGGAUUUCUUACUCACUCCAGGCUAACACUGAUGACUAUCUGUUUUCUGUGAAUAUAGAUACUGGUGUGUUGUCUCUACAGUCUGUGGCUGCGACCAACACGCGUUACACACAAGUGAUCCAAGCUAGUGACAACGGGAUCCCUGUCAACACUGCAGCCACUGGAGCGACUGUCAGAGUGGACACUUUUGUUCCUAACACAGUCAUUGUCACAUUCAAACUUGGCGUUUCUAGAGCCACAUUUGUUGCUCAGCAGACUACUUUUCUGACCAACCUUCAGACUGUAGUGAGGAACACCUACCCAACAGCUCUGGCUCGACUGUGGUGUAUUCAGGAGUACAGUGGAACUACUGCAAGUGGGGACAACCCUGUGAAUGUCCACCUGUACAUCGUGAAGGAUGACAGCAGCGAGUCACAAGCCAAUAUCAACACAGACAAAACUUUCCUCACACAGGAUGAGUUCAGAGCUCUGGUGGCGGCCAAUGCUGAAGGAGAUCCUGGCUCCGCCAUACAGGGCUCAGCGUGGGACCCGUUCAGCAUCAUCAGUGUGAGCCCGUACUACGAGGAGACAGACAGUUGGUGGGACACGCUGCACGGCAAGGUCAUCACAGCUAUCGCCGCUGCCCUUGGUCUGACAUGGAUAGCCAUCCUCACAUACAUGAUUGUUCGUGUGUGCAACACUCGCAACAGACCCUUGAAGACCCUCCGCACAACUCCACGUCUCACUGAGGUACAUCCAGUGACACCGCCAAAAGCAGAGAAACCUAAACCUAUGGUUCACCGCGGUGCCUGGGACACUAAUACAGGAAUUGUACCAGAUAAGGACUCCAACCUGCCUAACAGAAAGGCUUUCCCUCCGAUGCUACUCACAGAUCCUCUGACUGGAAGUAAUGCACCUCCCAAUAAUACGAGAAGACAUAGUCCCGUAGAGUCUCGGCAUACUCGCAGUCCUCGCAACAUGAUCAUAUCUCCCAGUGACCUGGCCGAGCCACCCAGCUACAACUACUCCAUCAUGAACAGAGCCUUUGAUGGGAAAGCUUUAGAUCCAGUUACGGGCAAAAUGUAUGAAUUCAACACUAGAACAAAUGAACGCCGGUGGCUGGACUAGCACUAAGACAGUUGCCAUGACGUUGGUGUGUGUUAAGAAAUUACCUCAUGUGAAUACUCAUUUGUUGUGCUAAAAAUAUUAUAGCAUCCGACUUUUAUUAUUUUUUCCUUUUUCCUCUGUCACUUUUUAAUAUAUUUUUAAAAAAAAGAUAUGAUGGUUUUUGUCAUUAUCAAACGAAAAAAAAGUAGUUAUUAAGUUGGUUGUUAUAAUUGUUCAUAAUGAUAGCCAUACAGAGAUGGAAACCUAGCUCUGCCUGUAGUAUCUGUGAAAUGUUGCAACUUUAACUAAAAAUGGUUAAAUGGAAAUGUGGCUGCAAUGGCAUAACCAUUACUUGGGCUGUUGUACAGCAGGUGCAACAGUAACACCAAAUUCUAUCUUCUCUUUUCCUUCUCUGCCCUCCCAG